AUGAUAAUAGAGGAGGAUGGGAGAACGAAAAGAGGCAGACCUAGACUCCAUAGGCAGGAUGACUUUGAGAACGAUCUUCGGGGCCUGGAUGUUGUAGGAUGGAGAAGGGCGGCAAAAGUCAGGUCCGUUCGGAAGAAGAUAGUAGAAGAGGCCAAGUGCCUCUGCUUUCACACCUGUACCUGUCCAAGAUAUCCUGCUUUCUUUAAGACAAGGAGGAACCACAAGUACUUCGGAGGAGCGAUUUUGGGAGGAGGGAUCUGCCCGCUGAGGAAGAAACUUCUCCUUGGUCCUAUUUCGCACAGGCGCAGGGUCACAUACGGUUAUCUGUAGUUUAAGAAAUAUAUAUAUAUAUAUAUAUAU